GUGUGUUGGUGUCGMUUCAGCAGCGACGGGGGUGGAUGUGAACUGUUGUUGGAGCCUCCUGAGGGGGUUCCGCCGCUGCUGCUUCAGUGUGAGAGUGUUUGGAGACUCGUCGAGCAGCAGGGGGGACUUUAAAAAAAAACUUCGCCGCAUUCAGCGAGGGGACAUCAUUAUUUUUUUUAAAGAUUUCCCCCCUCUUCCUUCUUUAUCGCGGACAGGAGCUUUCCGCUCCGGCUGUGACCGUCAGAAGAGUGGCAAAAAAAAAGAGGACCGGUCCGGUUCUCAGAGGUUGGAACCAUUUCCGGCCAACAUGGAUGAUUUAGAUGCUCUUUUGGCGGACCUUGAGUCCACAACAUCCCACAUUUCCAAGCGCCCACUUUUCCUUUCUGGUGAGACCGCUUYUUCCUUUCCUGCCGAGGMUCAGAACCAACAAGACAUCUGCUCMCCACCUCAAGUCCCAUCAGAGAACCCUCUAAACGGGGUUGAUGACACCGAGUUCUUCAGCGCAGCUCAGAAAAGCCCCUGGUCUGUAGAAAGCAGCAGUCCCAUCCAACGUGUCGGUGAAGAGGACCACGUAUACAGUCUCCCUAAUAAACAGAGGGGCAGUGAGUCAUCAUCAGCUGCUGCUAUGAAUUCAUCUUUGGGCAACAACCUGUCUGAGCUGGACCGUCUGCUGUUGGAGCUAAAUGCUGUCCAGCAGAGCACCCCUGCCUUUCCCACCGAAGAGGUAGCUCCACCACUUCCUGCAAGUGGCACAAUUCAUCAUAUCCAAGAAAAUGGAGUCUCUACUUCGGGUAAAGCCACUCUGGAGAAGGGCAAGCGCACCGCAGCUACUCGAGGGAUAGAGGAUGUCCGGCCAAGUGUGGAGAGCCUUCUAGAUGAGCUGGAAAGCUCUGUGCCCUCAGCCCUARCUGUUCCCACAACUUUGGUGGUGUCAGAUGGCAACACACAAGCAGAAACACUGCCACAGCAACAAGCCAGGAUGUCUGCCUCCUCUGCUACACGAGAGCUGGAUGAGCUCAUGGCCUCCCUGUCUGACUUCAAAGUCCAAAGCAAUUCCAGCUCUCAACUGUCUGUGAAUCAGGACUCUGGGGAGCCUCCAUUAGUAGCAGUUGCUCAAGCUGUAASACCUCACAUUGGCUCAGAGGACACGCCUUUAAGUUACACUUCCCUUUCCUMUGAGCCUCUUUCAUUGGAACUCCACAUAGAUGAGGAUGGUUGCUCAGUCCCUGCAUCUUCAUCUUGUUCGACUGUGGCAAACACAUCAUCCAGGAGCUCUCAGUACUCCCAUGUUCCACAGAAAAAUGAUGGUGGCAGUGUAACAUCUGAGGUGUCACAUUUGGAGAGCUUCAGUGUCUCUAGUACUUCAAAACCUCACAUCCAAACUGAAGUCAGCAGCCCUACACACACGUUGGUAACUAAAGUGUCUGCCAGUACAGGUGUGUCUYUCAAGAGCUCCAGUCCAGUUGUUGCCAAAAGUCCGCUUACUCUGUCCAAAAUCUCCAGUCCCAUUUUUAAUUCAAAAACUCAUACUACUGAUGUCAAAUCUAAAAGCCCAGAACCUAAAACCUUUAGUCCUGUUUCUAUAGGUCACGGUCCACUGGCAGCUACAAAGAGUUAUAGUCCUMUGACCGUAUCCACUGCUUCAGAAGCUGUGGCAAAGACAGCUAGUCCGGUCACAGUUCCCAGGAUUUCAAGUCCAGUUCCAAAAAGUGCGAGUCCUGUGCCAGUCCCUGUCAUCUCUAGUCCCUUAAAUGUCCCAAAGAGUGUUAGUCCUGAUUUGGUUAGCAAAAGUGCUAGUCCACUGACAAUUCCAAGACUUUCCAGUCCAGUUCCAAGGACUGCUAGUCCCCUAGCCCUUCCAAAUAUCUCCAGCCCUUUAGCUUUCCCCAAAAGUUCUGGUUUUGAAAUAAUCCCAAGAAAUUCUUCCCCUGUAACGCUACCCAUGCUUUCAAGUCCAGUAACACUUUCAAAGAGUGAGACUUUGGUUCCCAAAAGUUUUCCUCAAAUCAAAAAAACAUUCGCUGCUUCAGGCACCAGUAGUCCCAGGACUUCUCCAGUUUUAUCUGCUACUGUACCGUCAACCAACCUGAAUGCCUCAGACAUUAAAGGAGGAAAUAUUCUGGAUUUAUCAUGGCCAUGCCGGGAGCCGUUAUUGGAUGAUGCUUUAGACAAAAUAUUAUCUCCUGACUCCAGUCGGUCGACUGAGAACCAGCCACCUGCUUCUGUUUUGCUCAUGGAUGAGGACAGAUCCUGGGAGGAGGAAGAUGUAAUUUAUCCCGAUCUCAGCAGAGAAGAAACCCUGACACCCAUGACUGAGUCCAGCUGGUUGGACGAGUGUUUCACCCCUUCCAGCUGCCCUGGAACACCAGAUGCAGCGCUGGACCUGCCCUUACAGCAACCCUCUGCUGUUGAGCGACUGUCUGCUUCUGGUCAACUCAAGUCGGUUAUCCGCCGCACCAAGGAGACGUCCAACGUCCACCCAAUGUACAGGGACGGACUGAGGCGAAAAAUGGGACCAAUCAUUGUGAAUAAAAGCAACUCGCAAGAUCGGCUAAUUGAGGAGCUGCAGGGGAAGCUGGGGAUUGGGCGAGUGGAGCGCAGGCGGAAACAGCAGCCAGACGACUGGCUGACCGAGGGGGUCAUUGUCAUGUCGAACCCACAGAGAACUCGGGAAGAAGGGAUUCAGCCGUCUGUGGACAAGAUCAUCAUCCCUCCUGAAUCACCAGUCCCACAGAGAAAAGUCCUCCCCCCUCCACUGUCUCCCCCAGCACCCAAAAAGCCACCCCCAGUCAAGCAGACACCUCCGCCACUACCUCCUCCACCUCCGACCCCUCCUCCUCCUCGAGAGCCCACUCCUCCACCCCCCAAGGAGCCUACUCCUCCCCCACCUAGGGAACCCACGCCUCCCCCGGACCAGCCCCCUCAGUCGCCUAGRCCCCCACCUAAGCCCGUCACGCCACCCCAACCUCCAAAGGUCCUCGUGUCAGUGGGUUGUCAGACGGAUUACGACCCUGUCUUCCCACCACUGCAGAUCCAGUCACAGGGCAAGACCUCUCCCCCUGAUCCCCCAAAACAAGCCAACAAGCUGGACAACAUGCUYGGAAGCCUGCAGUCUGACCUCAACAGACUCGGAGUCCAGACGGUGGCCAAGGGGGUCUGUGGCGCCUGCAAGAAACCAAUAGUUGGACAGGUGGUGACUGCCAUGGGCAGAACGUGGCACCCGGAGCACUUUGUGUGCACCCACUGUCAGGACGAGAUAGGCUCCAGGAACUUCUUUGAGCGUGACGGGCAGCCUUACUGCGAGAAAGACUACCACCACCUGUUUUCACCGCGGUGCCACUACUGUAAUGGACCCAUACUGGAUAAAGUAGUGACAGCUUUGGACAAGACUUGGCAUCCGGAGCAUUUCUUCUGUGCUCAGUGUGGAUCUUUCUUUGGACCUGAAGGUUUCCACGAGAAGGAUGGAAAGGCGUUCUGCAGAAAGGACUACUUUGACAUGUUUGCUCCUAAAUGUGGCGGCUGUGCCCGAGCCAUCCUCGAAAACUACAUCUCUGCCCUCAAUUCACUCUGGCACCCAGAAUGCUUCGUCUGCAGGGAGUGCUUCACACCAUUCAUAAACGGCAGCUUCUUUGACCACGACGGGCAGCCAUACUGCGAGGCUCAUUACCACGAGCGGCGCGGCUCUCUGUGCUCCGGCUGUCAGAAACCCAUCACGGGCCGCUGCAUCACAGCCAUGGGGAAGAAGUUCCACCCAGAGCACUUUGUGUGCGCUUUCUGCCUCAAGCAGCUCAACAAGGGCACCUUCAAAGAGCAGAACGAAAAGCCCUACUGCCACAGCUGCUUCGUCAAACUCUUCAGCUAGACCCCGUGUCUGCUCCUGUGUGAGUCGAAACGCACACGUUAAGGUGCAUCUUUGAGGUUUUAACUGAUGUUUUUGAUCACAUCAUGAGUCGAAAAAUGUCUUUUUAGCUAAUAUUUGUCUGUUAGCUAUGACCCUGAAAGGACUUCUCUGAAUGUCCACACUUUUACACUUAUACUAAAGAAGUUUUAAAAAGAGCCCAAAGAGAUUUUUUUUUUAUUUAGACUCUUAUUCCUGUGUGUAACAGGACCGAGAACGCAAGUCGCUACUUUUCCCUUGUAUGUGUGUACAUAAACAGUUUGAACUUGUAAAGUAUUUUUCCCACAAUGCAGGGCCAGAUCUGAUACAAGCUGCUUGAUUGCAUGGACCAUUGAGAGUUACCCCAAGCAGUUUUAAAGUAAUAUGAGUGUUGAAUGCUCAGUGUUUGGCCUAUGAGUGCUUAAAAAUGUAUUUUUCUAGCUUAUGAGGUGCCAUUUAAGACAAACACUUUUAGUAUGUACACGCACAAAGACACAUGCCCUUCUUUAACAUACUGGUCUGAUCUUUUUGAAACAUUAAGCAACAGAUCUACAGAUGAUACUUUCUUAAAAUGUAUUUUAUACAUUAAGUGUCAGUAAGAUACUAGUUUCUCAUUUUGUACAGCUUACAGUUCACUUUCACCGUGUUCAUCUGUUAUUUUUUAACAACUUGAAUCAGAUACAUAUAGUACCUUUUUUACUUGCAGAAAGUGAGAACUUUGUUUUAAAUUAAAGUGAUGAUUCAGAUCUUUUUUUAAGCGGGGUUCUGUGUAAGACUAUUAAAAAGUAACCUGUAGUAAAAUUUUAAUCGACAGUAUUUUGGACUGACAAGCUAAUGGCUAGUCUAAGCAUUUGUUUAUUUUCAUUUURGGAUUAACACAAGACAAAAAUGCAAUGAAAUUCUUAGGAUGAGAAAAAACAUUCAACUCGCGAUACAAAAAACUAAAAACAAAACAGGAAAUACUAAUAGCACUGCAAUAGAAUAUUGUAAUACAGUAAAAUAUAACAGUGCAGGCAGGGUAAAUAAAGUACAAGUACAGGAUUGCUGCUACUUUCUAAAACAUCUCAGAUCUUAAAACAUUUCAUUGUAGUUCAUGUUGAAGUUGUUUUAUAAACUUUAAAUGGUGUUUUCACAUUGCACAGCUAUUUGCAUUGGAUUCUAUGGUAACUUUGCAAGCUCAUUAAAUAGAAGCAGCAGCUAGCUGUAGCACUUCAAAUGCUGCCUGGGACACUUCUAGCAGAAAUAUCACAUUUCUGACAGAAUAACUGUGUGAUGUAAACCUGACAAAAUGUAAAGUUUUAUAAAAAAUAUGUUAUUACAUUUUUUAGAUUAAAGGACCUAUAUUUAAAGCAAUACUUUGGGCAUGUUUUUGUUGAAGGGAUAACGUUAUAACACAAUAUAAAGCUCAAAAAAGUUUAUUUUAUAAAAUAUUGCCCUUUAAGUCUGCAACCAUCUACUUUGGUCUUGAGCCUGCUCAGGUUAGUCAUUAGCUUGUCAUUUCAUCCAAAGCUAAGCUCAAUCUCUCCAAACUGUGGUGAUUCAAAGAGUUAUCUGCAUCAGGUAGGAUGUUUACUAUURAUAUCUUUGCAAUAGUUGUUUGCAACCUUUCCACAAAAUCUCGCUUCCGAAGAUUUGAACCACAACUUUCCAACGCAGCAGUGUUUGUGUGUGUGUUAUACAUUUUUAACGCUAAUUUUAAAUGUAAUGUUUGAAGAAUUUACUUACAAAUCAAAAGAAAUCUUAUAUAAAUAAAACUUGUCAAAAUACAUAUUAUAUAUUAUGGUUGAAAAUGAUUUUAAAUGUGGUGCAAUUUGUGUGGAAAAACAAGCUAAAUCAAAAAUUUCUGCUUUAUCGUACAUUUGUUACAGAGAAUAAAUUGAGAGGAAUUCUAUUUUUCAACACGUCUAAUGUGUAAUUGUUGCCACCUAUGUGCAUUUGCCACUGUAUUAAACUCAUCUGUAGGAUGUGUUGAAGAUUUAUCGUGUCUUGUUGUGUUCUGGUCACAUUUGAUUCAGAGUUUUAUCAGCACCAGCUGCCAGUCGCUGUUACAAUCAGAAAAAACUAAAUGUUCAACUUGGUGACAGAAUUGUUUGUUUUUUUUGUUUUGUUUUUCUUGAUGAAAAAUUUUUUCCUGUUUUUUUUUUUAGUAGAUAUGCAAAGAGCUGGCUCUGUGAGCAUGAAGCCUACUGUAACAAUAGUUUACCCAGGUCUCAUUCCUUCAAACACACCAACACCAGCUGUGAUUCAGGACGUCAGAGGGAAACACCCUGAGCUUUUAAAACCAUGAACUGUGAUGCUGUCGGUGCAGAGGUCACCGGUUGAAGCUGGAUGUUCGUUUUUACUGAAGAAUCAGAAUAUGACCCGAGGUCAGGGCCAGGCCUUAGCAAAGAUUUACACAAUAUAUGUAUAAAUACUCAGCUCUYCUUUUGGCAUAUAUCUCCUGUGUUGUUUUGUUUUUUGUAAUCGGGUGGGGGAAUAGAACUACAACAUUGCCUUUGAUUUCUUUUGUAUGUAAGAUGUCAGUACACAGCAACCACAUUCAAGUUUUCAUUUCUUCCUGUGCCAAACGUCUCAAUGCAAUAAGGUCUUACACACUGUGGAAAUCACAGCUUUUCCUGUGAUCUGACCCUUUUCUGCUCUGAACUCUGAGGAGCUUCACCUGCUGUGGUUCAUGUUAGCUGAGCUCUACACUGUAACAGUGAGCUGAGGAGCUGGGUGUUCACUUGUAGCACAUUCAGGCGGAUGUAGCAGAGGUGAACGUGGUUGUAAAAUAAUUCACUUGAUUUUGCUCAUAUACAUUUAUCUCAUUGAACUAGUUUAUUUUGCAUUCAGCUGAGGAAAAAAACAACAGAAACAAAAGUUUUUAUUUUCUUUUAUUGAAAUUCAGUGAAAUCAUUUGUGGAAAUGCAUUCAUGUGAUUGAUUACAAUUUUGUUUGUUUUUUUUUCCCACAAGCCGUAAACUUUGUGUGGCUCUUUGUGUGGAUGUUUGGGUCCUGGUUGGUAAACUUCUACAAAAUAAAAGUCUUGAUUUUUGGCAUUGUUUCAUCA